AAACUGUAGCUAGCUCUAUAUACGGUUUCAUGUAAUUCGGGAGCUGUUUCGAGUUUUUGGUCUCUGUUGCUGUACCUGCAAACGGCAUUUUACAAAAAAAUCAGUCAUGGCUGUCCAAUUUCGAUACCUUGGUGGGUCAGGAGUGAAAGUUUCAAACAUCUGCCUCGGAACAAUGACGUUUGGACAGAGUCAGGAUCCAACCAGACCAGGGCAGUGUGAUGAAGAAGCAGCUCAUAAGAUCUUGGACCGAUUUUCAGAGCUUGGAGGGAACUUCAUAGACACUGCUAAUGUCUAUGUGAUGGGCGUCUCUGAAUCUAUAGUGGGAAACUGGUUGGCAAAGAGAAAGAGGGAAGACUUUGUUUUGGCUACCAAAGUCCGCUUUGAAAUGGAUCCAAGCAAUCCAAACAGUGGAGGACUGAGCCGUAAGAACAUUGUGUGGAGCUUAGAAGAAAGUCUGAAAAGGCUGCGGACUGAUUACAUUGAUCUGUACCAGAUUCAUGCUUGGGACCCAGCCACGCCCAUUGAGGAGACCAUGCGUACCCUGGAUGACCUAGUGAGGGCCGGUAAGAUCCGCUAUGUCGGGGCCAGCAACGUGACCGGAUGGCAGAUGCAGAAGAUCAUGGAUUUAUGUCAGUACAAGGGGUUUAACCGAUGGAUAACACUACAGGCACAGUACAGUCUCUUAAAUCGAGAGUUGGAAUGGGAGUUGGUAGAUUGCUGUAAGAAUGAAGCCCUUGGUAUUCUUCCCUGGAGUCCGCUCAAAGGGGGGUGGUUGACGGGUAAGAUUAAACGUGAUUCGCCCCCAGAGGGCAGCAGAGUCGCUUUCAUGGAAGCCAAAGGGGAGGUCAAAAGUGAGAGCCAGCCAAGCUUCUCGAAGUUUGCUCAAGAAGAGAAAGUUUGGAAUCUCUUGGACGUGAUGCAGUCGAUAGCGGAGGAGGCUGGUAAGACUGUCAGCCAAGUGGCCCUACGAUGGCUGCUACAGAAAGAAGCUGUGUGCUCCGUCAUCAUCGGAGUGAAGACAUUAGACCAGCUCAACAACAACAUGGGUGCUUCCGCAGGAUGGGAACUUACUGACCAACAGAUGAAGCGGCUGAAUGAGGCCAGUGCUGUAGCCCUACCCUACCCAUACAGCAUGUUAGCAAGAAUAAGCACAGGCCGUAUCAGGAGCGACUUUACACAGUAAAACAGAGAGGUUGUGGAAUCACGAGCCAAGGUCAAAGGUCGUAAGGUUGGUCUGUAAAGCAAUGCCCUCAUUAAUAUUGUGUGGAAUAUUGAGAAUAAUUUGCAUAUUGAUUCUGGGGUUACAUCUCUUGCAGAUGCUAAGCAAUGAUGAAAGCAAAGUCCAUUCUAUUAACCUGUAACUUUUGUUAUAUUGGAGGAACUUGAACUUGAUGGAAUAUUUUCAUUAAGCCCUGAAAUAUUUAUAUUCAAUUUCUGAGUGGAAUUUCUAAGCUAAAUCGCCAUGGAAUUUCCUUAUGAAAAGAGUAUGCUAGGUCUGCCUUGGAGUAAUUGGACUUUGAUAAUCAGAGAUGCGUGCCAAAUUGUGUGCAGAUUAUUCCAAGUCUAUCCAAAUCCACAGGUAACUGGAAAGUUUUGUACCCUUUUAAAUUUCUCUCAUUUAUGCUGAAAUAUAGGGGUGCCUCCAUUGACGAGUGGAUAUCAUGCUCAAAGAAACAUGUAAAAAGCGUCUCCUUUUCAAGAUUAGGAAUGUUAUGUAUGUAACAUGAUAAGGGUGUCAAAAACACUAAAAUACUGAAAAAGGGUAUAUAUUUUGCUAGGAAAGCUAUGUGUUUAUGGCCCAAUUUGCGAGGGUAUAAAAAGACUAAAACGCUUUAUAAACAAUGUACUUUUUGUGGCAACAUUACAUGUUUAGCGUCUGAUUUGAGCGAGGUUUGGGACAUGGGGCGGUACUAAACCCAAUGUAAGUAAAGGUAAAGCCGACGUAUGUCCGGCCGCGCCGGCCCUAUGAUGCAACGUACAUGAUCACGUAUUCAAUUCAUUUAUUCAACCAUCAAAAGUAUAAAAAGGGAUUCACAUAGUGAUAAAAAAGCAAAUAGUACAUAGAUGGUUCGGAGACCCCAGGGAAGCGAUGAUUAUAAAAAGGGGUAUGUGGCAAGCAAUUUUGUAAUAUUACUACACUAUACUCUAUCACAUGCGUGCACAAAUACACAUACUCCUUUAAAGGAGUACACUCAGUAUGGUGCAGAAUAUAAAACCAAAAACUUAGGGCGUGUUUAUGCUUCCACUUUUCAGGCCAGAAUCAGCGUUUCCAUACGUGAUUAGUCCAAAACACGGUUGUGUCCAUGCUUACUUUCAUUUAAACAACGUUUCAGAAUGCCGAUCGUAAACUCACAAAAAGGUACGUUUCAAUACAUCGUUUGACCAGAAUCAGGGUUUCUGGGGAAGUAUAAACAGAACCACGAUCGUAAAUGUGUUUCAAUGACGUCAUUUGGUACAUGCUUCCGGUGAGAUGAAAAUCCGCGGGCAAAUACAGUCGCAUGGUUCUAUUUACCUCCACGGAAUUGCCUCUCAUCUCCCUGUUUCUGAUAAUGACCAAUGUACAUUUGCAUGUGUGAUUAUUGAUUUAAGUACUAUCACUAUACUCUUCUAAUUUGUAAUCACCAUGAAUGUUGAGGGAUUUACAAAAAAAUCCCGGAACAUGAAUUAUGAUGAGGAGACAUCGCUGAGCCAGAAGCAUAAACAAAUAGAUGUCUUAUUAUUUCCUUAUGUCUACUUUAAUAUUCUUUAUUUUGUCUCACUAUUAUCAUCACCAUGGUGGAAAUUCUAUGGCUAUGUCAAGUAGCUCCAUGGAAUUACUAAAAUAUCGGAUAUUUUUCGAUGUUUAACUCUUUGUGCGCUGGACCAUGAACCCAUCUGUACUGAAUUAUUUUCAGGGAGGGAAACAAUGCAUUGUUUGUUGAGUGUGAAAUGCGAAGUUCGCACGGCACGAGUGUGCAUUGGUGCGAAGUAUGCGUGGAAAGGGUUAAAUAAUAGACGACCAUAACAACACUCGAAAAAAAAAAAACUUUCGAAUAAGGGCGCGCCCAAUUUGAUCUCGCUUUCCUGUUCAACGAAAAUUACGAUGUGAAGCCAGCUGGAGAUCGUGAUUUCGCCUCUGAAAAGUUAAGUAUAAACAGCACCCCAGAACCACGUUUACGAUCGGCGUUCUGAAACGACAUUUGAAAAAACGCUGAUUCUGUCCUCGCAAUGGAAGCAUAAACACACCCUUAGUCAUGAAAUUUCUUGAAGUGAUUCAUCCCAUCUUCAUGGAAUCAAAUCAAAUACAAAUUUAAUUGCAAACUUACUCAUCAGUUGUUUGUUUAGUUUGCUUCUCUGAUGUAAUUGUAACUCAAAUGUGCAUACACAUUUGAGAAAAGGAUUGCUGGUGCUGUUAAACUAUUGCUAUUCUUAUUAAGGGGGUCAAAUUAAGGGGAUACUUGUCAAGGGUACUGUUUUGUUUUCCUAUAAGGAUAAGGUUUCAGAACAUGGAAAUUACUUGUUUAGGGUGCUUUUUGAAACCCCAAGGACACGGAUGAUAUCCACUCGACAGUGGAGGCGGACCCUCCAGGGCUCUCUGUUAUCUUUUUCGUGAAAGAGCUCAAAUAAGUACAGCAGCUUUGAUCUUUGGCAUUCAAAAUAUGGGUGCAUACUCAGAAAGAUGUUCCUUAAACGACAAGUCCACCCCAACAAAGGUUGUUUUUGAUAAAACGAGAAAAGUCCAACAAGCAUUACACUGAAAAUUUCAUCAAUAUUGGAUGUAAAAUAAGAAAGUUAUGAAAUUUCCAUUUAUUUCACAAAACAGUUAUAUGCCCAUCCUGGUCUGUAUGCAAAUGAGGGAACUGAUGAUGUCAUCCACUCACUAUUUAUUUUAUAUUUUAUCAUAUGAAAUAUUCUAAUUUUCCCAUCAUUGUCAUGUGAAAGAAAGUUUUAUUUCUUAACAUGUGGAAUUACCAUUGUUUUACAUUUUACGGUUCAGUCAAGUUGGCCCCUGUUGACAAAUCUGUCAAAAUUGCAAUAUUGAGUGAUUUAAACUAAAACCAACAAAAAGAAAUAGUGAGUGAUGGACAUCAUCAACUUUCUUGUUUGCAUGUCACUAGCUUGUUCAUAUAACUAUUUUGUGAAAAAUUAGCAAAACUUUAAAAUGUAAUAACUUUCUUAUUCUACAUCCGAUUUUGAUGAAGUAUCCAGCGUUAUGCUUGUUCAAUUUUUCUCUAUUGAUUCAAAUCAAUAUUUUUUCUGGGGUGGACUUGACCUUUAAACUUUAAAUCAUUUAAUCCAUGGGUUCACUCUGGGGUUUUGUCUGUUGAGCUAAGUUUGAUUACUCUGCCACAUUCUGCAAUGUUUGAUACAGCUCUGAUUUGUCUACAUCAGAAUAGAAAAAUACAGCCCUGUAUUGAAAUGAAUCACUUGUACAACCUAGGAUUUGUGACAAUGCAGGUCUGCAUUAUAAUUUUGUAGCAUUUAAUGAUAAUAAAAAUAAACAUAGUCGUAAUAAUAAUAAUGAUCUUUUCACCAUUUCCCUUUAAAUUCCUUUUUAGUCCAUUUUAAUUUUUUCUUCUUUUUUCAUGCUCAUAUACAGAUCACUUAUGACUUUUUAAAAAGAAUCUUUUUAUGUAAAAAAAAGUUUCAUUCCAUGAAUUAAUAAUUGUUAGAAUUGUAUACUUAUAAAAAUAUGAUUAAUACAAUAUCUUCCUCAAGUACUUAAAUGGAUUCAAUGUAAAAAUUGUAAGAUUUCCUGGAAACAUAGCCUUUAAAGUUUUAAAAGAAAUUUGUGUUCAGUUAAAACAUUUAGUCAUAAGAUUAAUAAUAAUAGACAAUGAAAGAUCUUCUUUCAGACAUUGAAAGAGAAGUUUUUUGAGAGUCAAUAAAACUCAGAUGUUCAUUUCAUUGAAUUACUUGUGCUUGAGACUACUUACUUUCUUGUCAAUAUCAAUUGACUUUUAUUAAUUAGUUAACAAGUAAUAAGAUUAAUAAUUGAUUGCUCAAUGGUCAAGUACUAUGAAAUAAAGUUAAUGCAUACUCAAAUGUCAAGUAUUUAAUUUGUUCCGCUAAUUAAGUCUGAUUACUUGGUAUGAAAAUACGUCCUUUUUAUUCUUUCAGCUUUAUGUAUAUUUUUUACCUCUAAUUACACUUGACAGAAGGCAUACGACAGAUUUAUUUUGCUAUUUUUAUUUUGUUUGUAUAUUGCUUGUCAUAUCAAUUUUGUAACUAGUUUGCUAAUACUAACAUUUCAUUGUUAUACAUGAGUACUGAAGAGUGCCAAAAUGAUGAAUGAAUUUGUGUAGUGACUUAAUGUUCAGGGAUAAAUUCAUUAUAUUUGUUCAACUUCUUCCAGGUAUCCAUACAAAUAAUUCCUUGUAUGCAAUAAGUAUAAUAACUUGACAGUUAUUUGAGAUGGAUAUUUUCUUUAAAAGAUCGAACUUCGUGUGUCUUUUUUGUAACCACACUACGAUAAUUGUAUGUUACCCCAUUGCUCCCCAUCCCCCCUCUCCCUUUCCCCCUCCCUGUCUGUCUGUCUGUUUGUCUGUCUGUCCUCUCUCUCUCUUCCAUAGUACUGCCAUUAUUUUAUGAUAAUCUCCAUUUAUGGACAUUAUUUGUUUUCCCUUUGUGGAUUUGGUAUGCACACGGCAAAAACUCUGGUGUUGAUUUAAUACCAGCCCGGAAUCUAUAUAUGUCCACACCAGAGAAGUGUUAAACAACACCAGUUUCGUUUUGGUCUAACACCAGAUAGGUGUUUAUACAACACCAAUUAGUAUUUAAACAGCAUUGGUUUGAUUCCAAACUGGUGUUGUUUCAAUACAUCUCUGGUGUGGACAUAUAUAGAUUUCGGGCUGGCGUUAAAUCAACACCAGAGUUUUUGCAGUGCAUAUACAAUUGUUGAUGAUUUUAAAUCACUGUGUGUAUUAUACAAUAUAAGAAGUCAAGUCUUUCAUCAAGACUCAAAUUGAUGUACAUGUGCAGGAAACCACAUCUAAAUAAAAUUUUCCAAUGAAAUUAA